AUGUGCCUGGACAUACAAGUUACACCUUUAAAAAGAGCAGGUUGGCAAUGUCCUGAUUGCAAAGUGUGCCAGAACUGCAAACAUUCUGGGGAAGACAACAAGAUGCUGGUGUGUGAUACAUGCGACAAAGGCUACCAUACUUUCUGUCUACAACCAGUUAUGGAUGCUGUACCAACAAAUGGUUGGAAAUGUAAAAACUGUAGAGUAUGUGCUGAGUGUGGCACACGAACAAGUUGUCAGUGGCACCAUAAUUGUUUGGUAUGUGACAGUUGUUACCAACAGCAAGACAACUUAUCUUGUCCUUUCUGUGAAAAACUGUGCCUCCAAGACUUCCAGAAAGAUAUGUUGCAUUGUCACAUGUGCAAAAGAUGGAUUCACAUAGAAUGUGACAGAUCUCCAGGUAGUGAAUUGGAGUCUCAGUUGAAAGACUACAUCUGCACUCUUUGUAAGCAAGGAGAAGGGGAUCAGACUCAGUCAUGUGAUGUAAUGGACACUUCUGAACUCAUUCCUGAACCUGACAGUAUAACAGCCUGUACAAAUGAAGUGGAAAUGGAAGGUGAUGGAGACAAUGUGGCAUUUCAGGAACAGCCCGUUACUGGUGAUGGUCCUGGUCAGGAAUCGGCUGUCGGAUGUGUCACGGACGUUACAGGCACAUCACCAGAAGAAAAGACCACGGAACUGGAAACAGAAGCCUCUGUUGAAAUUAAUUCAGCUGAAAUGGAAAUGUCUCCUAAAAAGACACCAGCACCUGGUGACAGUCAGACUGAGGCAGUGGUGGAAGGUGUUCAAGCUGUAGUACAACAGGAGUUAGACAAACACGUGGAAGAGACGCAGCUGCCGCAGGGUAGCGUGGAGGUACCAGAAGUAUCCACAGUAGACUCUCGGUCUCUGUCUUCAGUGCCUGAGACCGUAACUGUGACGCCAGAAACACAGGAGACUGAAAGUAAAGGAGAUACUUGUGUCCCUGCAGAACAACAACUGGAAAUCAUAAAAGUGCAAAAAGAUGUAGAAAAAGGAGAAACCCAUGAGAAGUCGGAAACGCCAGCUCUUCUAGAAGUAGAAACUACUUCUGCAAAUGAAGGUGUUGCAAAUAGUUCACCAGUUGGAGACAAACCCAUAAAAUCACCAGCUGAGACUUACCCCUCGCUUCCCCCCUCACUUAAUAUCAACAAGACCAACAUGUCUUCCUCGCCAGAUGUCUCGUUAGACUUGCAUUCAGCACGCGACGUGCAGCACAGCCAGCCCCCGGCACUGCCUUCCACUGCUGGAAGUGCCCUCCCAACCACUUACAUAUCAGUCACUCCAAAAAUCGGCAUGGGAAAACCUGCCAUCACCAAACGCAAGUUUUCUCCUGGAAGACCCAGGUCGAGACAGGGCCGUGGAUCAGGAUUCCCAGGGAAGCGGAGGCCGCGUGGUGCAGGUCUCUCAGGAAGAGGUGGCAGAGGUAGAUCAAAACUGAAGAAUGGAGUUGGGACUGUAGUCAUUCCAGGGGUUACAACUAUGGAUAUUUCAGCUAACAAAGAUGAGGAAGAAAACUCAAUGCAUAAUACAGUUGUCCUCUUCUCUAACAGCGACAAGUUCACUCUCCAUCAGGAUAUGUGCGUAGUUUGUGGGAGUUUUGGCCAAGGUGCUGAGGGCAGGUUGCUUGCCUGUUCUCAAUGUGGUCAGUGUUACCAUCCAUACUGCGUCAGUAUUAAGAUCACUAAAGUGGUGCUCAGCAAGGGCUGGAGGUGCCUAGAGUGCACGGUGUGCGAAGCCUGCGGGAAAGCAACGGAUCCGGGCAGGCUGCUGCUCUGCGACGACUGCGACAUCAGCUACCACACGUACUGCUUGGAUCCGCCCCUGCAGACGGUGCCGAAGGGAGGCUGGAAGUGCAAAUGGUGUGUUUGGUGCAGACAUUGUGGAGCAACUUCGCCAGGUUUAAGAUGUGAAUGGCAAAAUAAUUACACACAGUGUGCUCCCUGCGCAAGUUUGUCUACCUGCCCCAUCUGCUAUCGCACUUACAGGGAUGAAGAGCUUAUAAUUCAGUGUAGACAAUGUGAUCGAUGGAUGCAUGCAAUCUGUCAGAACUUAAACACAGAGGAGGAAGUGGAAAACAUAGCUGAUAUGGGUUUUGACUGUACCAUUUGUAGGCCAUACAUACCACCAGCAAACGUGCCUUCUUUGGACUGUUGUGAUUCAUCAGUUGGAGCUCAGAUUAUUUCAAAAUCAAAAGAACUAGACCCACCGAAGACAUACACCCAGGAUGGAGUCUGCUUGACAGAAUCCGGCAUGUCUCAGUUACAGAGCCUAACUGUUACAGUACCGAGAAGAAAACGGACAAAACCAAAGCUUAAACUGAAGAUUAUAAAUCAGAACAGUGUGGCUGUGCUUCAGACACCCCCAGAUGCCCAGUCAGAACACUCGAGAGAUGGGGAGAUGGAUGACAGUAGAGAAGGUGAUCUUAUGGACUGUGAUGGAAAAUCAGAUUCCAGCCCAGAACGGGAAGCUGUGGAUGAUGAUACCAAAGUUGCAGAAGGAGCUGAUGGGAUUAAAAAAAGGAAGCGAAAACCAUACAGACCUGGCAUUGGUGGAUUUAUGGUACGUCAGAGAAGUCGUACGGGACAGGGGAAGACUAAAAGGUCCCUCUCCAGGAAAGAUUCUUCUGGAUCCGUUUCGGAGCAGUUGCCUGGCAGAGAUGAAGGUUGGCCUGAGCAGCUGCCAGACACUCCAGUUGAGGAGUCUACCCCAGCUUCUGAAAAUACUGAGAAAAUCAAAAAGCGUUACAGAAAAAAGAAAAAUAAACUUGAAGAAACCUUUCCUGCCUACUUACAGGAGGCUUUCUUUGGGAAAGAUCUACUGGAUACCAGUAGGCAAACCAAGAUGAGCCUGGAUAAUUUACCUGAAGAAUCCCUUUCGCUCUCAUGUAAAACAAAUCUCACCACCAGUUUCCUGGAUCCUUCAUCUGACCCCCUUCUUAGCUCAACCUCCACUCCAGCUCAGGCAAAACUGGGACCUCAAGUUAUUUCCAGAGAGAGAGAUGUGUUUGGAGGGGUGGAGACCCUGGUAAAUUGGUUAACUGCUGAGCCAGCAACUGUCACAUCUUCCCUUCUGACUGCUGCUGCAUUGGAGCUGGAG